CUUAAUAAAUCAAUAAUAAAUAAAUAAAAGGAAAUUGCUCUUCUUUUUCGUCUUCGAUUCUCAUGAAUUCAAAUACUAUUAGUUUUCCUCCUGGAACCUGACAUUUUUCUCAGGAAAAUCUCCUCAGAUCGCCAUGGAAAAGAUCUUAUCCAACCUAAUGUAUAUCUUCAAGAGCCUCUCUUUUACAGAGACAUUCGUCGACAUCUUACUCUGCGCUGUACCAAUUUGGCUAGCCGUAAUGAUCGGUCUAUUGAUCGGAUGGUCUUGGCGUCCGAGAUGGACCGGUUUGAUCUAUCUAGGGUUCCGUUCUAAGCUUCGGUUUCUAUGGACUGCUCCGCCUGGUUUUGGUGCUCGACGCCUUUGGCUUGCUUUCACCGCUCUCUCCGCUUUCUCCGUUUGCCGCACCCUUUGGUCAAGGCUUGACACCAAAUCCACGAAUGGUUCAACAGCUUCUUCGCAGAUAGAAGAGAGUCUGCAAAGUGAUGAAACGGGUUUAGUUUCCGGAGCUAGAGAUGAUAACACGACGGUGAGGGAGGAGGAAAUUGUAACAGAAAAUGAUUUAGAGCAUUUGCUAGAGCUGCUUGAAGUCGGAAAUGAGACUAGGGAAUGGCAAUCAAUGAUGGACAAGACUACUCCAAAUAUGAGUUACCAGGCUUGGCGACAUGAGCCUGAGACAGGUCCUGUUGUUUAUCGUAGUCGAACCGUGUUUGAGGAUGCAAGUCCAGAUAUUGUUAGGGAUUUCUUCUGGGAUGAUGAGUUUCGACCUAAGUGGGAUUUCAUGCUUGCCAACUUCAAAACUUUGGAGGAGGAUACUCACACAGGAACCAUGAUUGUUCACUGGAGAAAAAAGUUUCCUUUUUUCUGUAGUGACCGAGAGUAUAUCAUUGGUCGGAGGAUAUGGGAGUCUGGAAACAAGUAUUAUUGUGUGACAAAGGGAGUUCCUUAUCCAGCUCUACCAAAGCGUGAUAAGCCGAGGCGUGUUGAGCUCUAUUUCUCAAGUUGGGUUAUAAGAGCGGUUGAAUCCAGAAAAGGAGAUGGACAACCAUCGGCUUGUGAAGUAUCCCUAGUCCAUUACGAAGACAUGGGAAUCCCAAAAGAUGUGGCAAAGUUAGGCGUGCGCCAUGGCAUGUGGGGAGCUGUCAAGAAGCUACACUCCGGUUUACGAGCUUACCAGACCGCCAGAAAAUCAGACUCUACUCUAUCCCGGAUCGCUCAAAUGGCAAGAAUCACCACAGUACUGAACAUGGAUUGUGCAGAAUCAUCCACAGGAGAUGAAGAAGACAGAAGCAGAGCAAUGGGGUACGCAAGGAGACAACGGGACCAUUUGAGAAUGGACUGGAAAUGGGUCGUUGUAGGAGGUGUCGCCUUGGCUUGUGGCCUUCACACGGGGGUCAUUGGUAAGGCUUUACUGGCCGGAGCUGGCCAGAGACUUGCUCGUAGGUGAAAAAUUUCUGUCGUAUUCUUAUUACUUUCCCUUGAUAGAAAAAGAGAAACGUUUACAUAUAACUAAAGGCAACUCCGAUGAGAAAAAGAAUGUGGUUCUUCUGAUGGUGAACCAUGUAGAGUUGUAAGUUUAAGCAAUGGAGUCUAUUUUGAAACCUAUCUUGUUACAUAGGAUAGUUUUUAUAAAUGAUGUGAAUCUACAUAGCUAUUAAUAGAUUACAAUCUUUGAAUGCGACACAAUUCACACACCUUUAGCACAUCUCUCAUUGCAUUGAUCAACAGAGAGCACACAUGAGCUAAUGUCAAAACUUCUCUCCUGCAUCAACCCACACAACGGUGUAUACAAGCACGUGGUCAUUACCUCUUAUGACGUUCCUCAUUCUGCAGAUCUUCAAAGGUUGCUUCCGGUGUUGCGGAUGAUGCAGAAUCAUCAUCAAACUCAGUUUCCAGUUCAUCUGAAUCCCAGUCUUCAUCAUCUGAAUCAAAAUCAACAUCAGAUAGUGAACCCUUGGCCUGAAUCCCACCUUCUUCACCAUCCUCUUCCUCCUCUUCGUAUGCAUCUAAAUAGAUGUCAUCUCCUUCUCCCUACCACACAAUGUGAGACCUCAAAAAGUCAUAACGGUGAAAUUCAAGACAAUAAAGUGAGUAUAGGGGAAAGACAUCAUACAUCUGUCUCUUCGGUCUCCUCGUCGCUGGAAGAAUAAGCCAUGUCAAGCUUGUUGUAUAACACUUGAUCUCCCUUGUCUUUUACAAGUUCCACUUGUUCCUGCCAUAAUGUAUUCAGGGUCUCAUGUUAGUUCAUUUCAGAACAAAAUAAAAAAACUUUUUUGUUGAAUCAGCAAAUGAAAGACAAGUAGAUUCAUACGAUUUCAGCUCUCAAC